UAUUCUCAAUGUUAUCAUUCAUCAUAUCGAUAUAAUGUGGCGUUUACACUUUGGACACUUUUUGAAGCGACUGUGUUAUGUUUGAAUGCGAUCUGCGUUUUAAACGAAGAAAGAUUUCUUGCAAAAGUUGGUUGGGCGUCGUGGCAAAAUGUUCAAGGCUUCGGAGAACCUCCUACAGUAAAGUCACAAAUUUUGAACCUUAUUAGGUCCAUACGAACGGUGGCACGAAUUCCAUUGAUAUUCCUAAAUAUCGUUACAAUAAUUGUGAAUAAUUGGUGCUUGGGUGAAAGAAACGAUUGAUGGUGUAAAUAAAAGGACAAUGCGCUGUGAAAAGUGAUGUACAUAAACGCAAAAUUACAUUCUUUUAUUUUUACCUUUGUAUCGAAGAGUAAAGUAUUUUUUAUUAUAUCGUGUUUCAGCAUAA